CAGAUGAUGAACGGAGUUAACCCUUUUAAUCAUUCAUUUGAUUCCUUUCCUUUCCGCUCUCAUUUCCCCGUCGUCUCUUUCGUGGACUCGUCGGUAGCUUAGCAGUACUAGCAGUAUCUGUGUGUGAAAUCUGACAUCCAAAAAGGAAAAAGGGAAGAGCUUUUUUUUGGGAGCGAAAUGCUCCUCUGGUUCCUCUAACUCCGCGAAUCCACAAUCUUUUUUUCCUACCUUCCCUAAAACCCUACGAUUCUCAGCCAUUUCCGCCAUUGAAGGGUGCUGCUGGUUCUCUCUCCUUCCCCCUUUUUUUCGCCCCUUGUUUUCGUUAUGGGUAAGAGGAGGCGAAGUGGUUCGACUCCCCAUCAUCAAAAUCCGCCGAUCGAUCCUUCUUCUUCUUCCCCUUCUCCCUCUGGUGAGAUGCCUUUCUCUUGUGGAAGAGGAUCACUAUCCCACGGGAGAAGUUCCCGGCUCGAUUCUGCUGAACUGAAUCCUCUUUCGCAAGGGGUGCAAGCUCAAGACAAUGCCACCAGACUGCUGAAUUUGCACUCGUCUCUCUCACAUCAGCACCACAACCUUGGUCGAUCAAUAUUUCUGAAACGAUCACGUCAUCAUUAUGGCCAUCAUUACUCUCGUAGGAACUCUGGAAGCCACGCUGGUUCAUCCUCGACUUCUCAUGGGAGGAAUCACCACCUUUUACACGAUGAGAGACGCCCCUUCAAGUUUGGCAGUCAACACGAAGCAGGUCUAGAGUUCAGGCAUCAGGGAGAUCACAGGGAAAAUGUCGAUUUCACCAGACCCGAAAGGAUCAGGUUCAGCUCAUUAGUAACUGACGCUGUAUCCUCCUCAGACUCGAUAAAGGUGGUAUGCGGGAUCUGCCAGAAGCUGUUGAGGCGAAAGCCUUGCUCCCUCGGUGACUCGCCAUCAUCCUCCGGUGAAUUUGCUGUUGUCGCUGUUCUGGUUUGCGGCCAUAUGUAUCACGCAGAAUGUUUGGAGGGGAAGACGAGCCUCGAGCACACAUGUGACCCUCGAUGCCCACUGUGUUGCGUGUAGAUUACAUCUCUCAACUGAAGUGAUCGCGCGAUAUGUAACCUCUGUAGAUAGAGCUACGAAGGAAACUAAGGUUAUUUAGGGUUGCACAACACAUAGUUUUAGAUGGAUGACUAGAGAGACAUAGGUGGCGUUUGGUUGUUGUAACUUGUAAGAGUGUCUAUGGUGACAGUCUGACCGGCUUUCGGUUUAGCUGGGCACAAUGUACCUUGUAAUUUGUUUGACCCCUACUGUGUUAGGAUUAAAGGUGCUGCAAUGGCUUCCUUGUUAUGUUUAGUUGCAGGAAAGAGUCUCUGUUGAGUACUAGAAUUAAAGGAGUAGCAAUUGCUUCCAUUUGGUUUGGAUCCAGUUCCAUUAACCCAAAUCCCUGUAACACAAGUACAUUGGAAUCAUUUGCCACUACGAACAUUUAUCCCUUCGUAUCUC